AUGCAUGCUUCUCAGUCUGAAAUGAAUCAUCAAAAUAAUAAUAAUAUUCAAGUAAUUCCAGAUCCAAGUGAAUAUGUAAUAAUGCAAUUUGGCCGACUUGACAAUGAGACAUUUACUAUGGAUGUUCGUUAUCCUUUAACACCUGUACAAGCAUUUGGAAUUGCAAUGACUAGCUUCCAUGGAAAAUUAGCAUGUGAAUGA